GUUUAGAAAGAAUAAUCCAAAGUUAAAACCCAGUAGUGUUGAACGAUUCUACUACCAAAUAGAGAUUGAAUUUGGGACGAUUAGAGCACUAGCUUUUAGCUUGGUCUCCAUUAAUCUGUCACAAUGACAUUGUUCAAUAUCGUCAGCAUCCUCGAAUUUUCCACUCCCGUCAAAAUCCAUAAACGACGUAUUCCGACUUGCUAAAAUAAAGUCUUCCUAGAGCACACGUUUUCCUGGCCUGUACAACUUUCAUGGUCCCUUAACCAAUGCUUUGGCUCCUAAUUUACCAAUCUGGUUUGUAGAUUGUUAGCCUUUUAUUCUUUUGAUGCCUGCCUUUGAAAUGAUCUCCCGAAAAUUGUUGUUCCACUUCCAUUAUUACAUGCUUUGUUUCCUUAGCUUCCAUACCACACUCACUAGCCCCGUUAAUUUUCUUGCGCCUUACUGUGGAAACGCUACAUACAACCCUAACAGCACUACUGGCAGCAUUUACAGAACCAAUCUGAAUUUCGUGCUUGACGCCCUGUCUUCAAAUGCAUCUCGAACAGACACCAAUGGCUUCUAUAAUUUCAGUACUGGUAAUGACCCUUCUAACACGGUCUAUGGCCUCCUUCUCUGUCGAGGCGAUCUCAGCCCUGAUGUUUGCAAAGAAUGUGUAGCAAAUGCCAGCACAAGAGUAUUUCAAGAGUGCCCGAAUCAGACGGCUGCUAUUGUUUGGUAUGAUGAGUGCUUGUUGCGUUUUUCUGACCAGACAAUCUUCUCCAAGGUUGAUUUCGGAGUGAGAUUGGCUAUGUACAACGUACAAAAUGUCACUGAAUCGGACUGGUACAACUUCGUAUUGCUAUUGGGAAAUUUGUUGUAUAACGCUGCGGAUCAGGCUGCAAAUCAAACAUGGGGCAAAAAGUUUGCUGUUCAACAAGCCAACUUUUCCGCUUUUCAGACGUUGUAUGCCCUUACACAGUGCACACCAGAUAUAUCUGGUGAUGACUGCAAAGGGUGCCUUGAAAGUGCUAUCAGAACCAAUCUGAACCUUUGUUGUACUAUCAGAGUGGGAGGCAGAGUGCUCUUUCCAAGCUGUAAUAUUAGGUAUGAGCUCUACCGCUUCUACAAUAGUGCAUCCCCUGCACCACCGCCUAUGUCAAACUUACAUCCCUUCACUGGCGCUCCUCCUCCUAGUUCCACUAAAGGCAAAGGGCGAAGACCCCUACGAGCAGCUUUUCCAAUUGCUGUCCCACUAAUCGGGGUUGCUUUUGUGCUAUUUAUCAUAGCUUUAGUCUUCCUGAAAAGAAGAUCAGGGAAGCGAUAUGCUGCUAUGGCACAGCAGGAGGCAACUGAUGGAGUUGCUGAAAUCUUUACAGCCGAAUCCUUACAGUAUAGCUUAACUGAAAUUCAAAUUGCCACAAAUAACUUCUCUGUGGAUAACAAAAUUGGCGAAGGUGGAUUUGGUCGUGUAUACAAGGGUGUACUUGGUAAUGGACAAGAAGUAGCUGUUAAAAGGCUGUCAAGGAGCUCAGUGCAAGGUGCAGAAGAAUUUAAAAAUGAAAUUGUAGUAGUUGCAAAGCUUCAACACAGAAAUCUAGUUCGACUAUUGGGAUUUUGCCUGGAAGGAGAUGAAAAGAUACUCAUCUAUGAAUUUGUUCCUAACAAAAGCCUUGACUACUUUCUCUUUGGUGGGUUCAAUCUAGACAUACUUAUAGUAAUUUUUUGUUGUUCCAUGUGAUCUUGUUCUAUUUUACUUGACUUGCCAUUUUAUGGAAAUGACAGACAAAUUGCCUCUAGACAAA